ACAACAACGACAUGAAGCUUGGUCGUAUUGUAUGCGAUCACGAGAAACUUCGCUAGCUAGCUAUUAGGUACAUAGCCCACUAACUACAACAACCUACCAAAGGUGCUAAUGGUAGGGUUAUGCUGAAUUGGCUCGCGCUGAUAACUUAUUAACAGAGAGAGCGUGCGGAAGAAAAGUUACCAUAUGGACUUUUGAAGAAGAGUAGCCGAAAAGUGCUUGUCCAUCAAAGGCGUGGGGGUCUCUAGCUAUAUCCUAUGCCUUUUGUAUUUGCUUAGCUAUCUUAGAAAUGUCUGGUCGACGCAAGAAGUGUAACUGUUGGAAUAAUCUGUGUGCUGUGUAGCGACCUGGGACAUCUACUAAGAGGUGGUGCAAGAAUAAUAUAAUCAUGGCAGACCUCAGGAUUUACAACGUUGUCAUUCUGGGACUAGGAUUUCUGUUCAUUUUCACUGCUUUCACCACCUGUGGAAACAUUGAACUCACAUGAUGUCCUUAGCAGCCUUGUCAGUGGUGCAUUGUUGGAGGAGUCCUGGGUCAGGCGCAUCUUGUGUUUCCAAUUUCUUCAUCAGUCAAUAGAUUGUCAUGCCAAAGGAAUUACUCAAACGAAUACAUGUAAAGCAAACCAUAGUUAAAAGCCUGGACAAUGAUACCAUCACUGGAAGUGGUUAUCACAGCCUUGGAAUCAUCUAUGGAAUUUUUUCGUUUUCAAAUUUGUUAUCUCCAACUGUUGUUGCAAUAAUUGGACCACAGUUUACAAUGUUUUUCAGUGGAAUUCUUUACAGUGGUUACGUAGCUGUAUUCAUCACCCCAUCAACAUGGUCCUUUUACCUCACCUCAGUACUAAUCGGCAUAGGAGCAGCCAUGCUUUGGACAGCCCAAGGACACUUCCUUGUGGAGAACUCUGAUGCUUCCACCAUCAAUAGGAACACAGGGAUGUUUUGGGCCCUUUUACAGUGCAGCAUGUUAUUUGGCAAUCUUUACAUUUAUUUGGAUUGGAAUGGAAGGAUAGAAAUAUCAGAUAGGAGCAGAAAGACUAUCUUUAUAGGUCUUCUGGUUACUUCAGUGCUGGGAACACUCAGCUUCCUGGCUCUGAGAAAGACUCUUCCAAAUGAGGAGGAGAUGCUCAAUGAGGAGGAAGGCCAGCCUUUGCUCUCAUCUCGCACGAUGUAUAAGCAAAGAGCCAACUCUGCAGUACAAGAUGCAAAGUCAGAAUUCAAGACAAUCCUGCAACUGCUCAAAACCAAAACCAUAUUGCUCCUGAGCUGUUGCAUGGCAUACAGUGGUCUGGAGCUAUCUUUCUACAGUGGUGUGUAUGGGACAUGUAUCGGGGCAACAACAGAGUUUGGAGUGGCAGCUAAAGGCUUGAUUGGGAUCUCCGGAAUCGUGGUGGGGAUUGGAGAGAUAGUUGGUGGAGGCGUCUUUGGACUAGUAUGUAAGAACAACCGAUUCAGACGGACAUCUGUGGUCUUCCUGGGGAUGGUCGUCCAUUUUGUCGCUUUCUACUUGAUCUACCUCAACAUCCCAGAUGAUGCCCCUGUGGUUUUAAAAACUAGCACACUGAACAAGCCAUAUCUGACACCAAGUAUCUCCAUCGCAUUGCUGUGUAGUUUCCUGCUUGGACUCGGUGACAGCUGUUUCAAUACUCAACUAUACAGCAUCUUGGGGCGAGUUUAUGCUGAGCAAAGCGCGCCUGCUUUUGCCAUCUUCAAAUUCAUCCAGUCCAUUUUUGCAGCAGUUGCCUUCUUCUACAGUGGCUACUUGCUGUUGACAUGGCAACUGCUCAUUAUGGUCAUCCUGGGCUUCACUGGAACACUCUGCUUCUUCAUGGUGGAAAGAAUACAGAACUUCUCUGUAGACCUACAACAAGAGUAUUAGGAUCCGUCAUUUCAACACUGGCACAGUCAUGUAUGUCAGACUUACAUUUCUAGGUUUUUUAACAGGAAUAAUACUUUGCACCUUCAAUGUCUUAGCUAUAACUCAUCUUGCACAACUCACUAAUUAUAUCAUGAUUUAAAUGUCAUUUUUUAACUUUUCCAAUCGGAUUGUGUAUGUGUAAUAUAAGACCUGAUGUAUUAGCUGUCUUUAUGCAUUGCUCUCAGGGUUAUUAUUUAAGAUAGUGUCAUUGUUUAAAAUUCAAUUCUGUGGUAGUGUUAUAAUACGUCAUACAAUUUCGUAACUUGAUGGAAUUGUUUUUAGAUGUUUGUUAGAAUUUAAGAUGCAUACGAAACAGAAGAAAUGUUCAUAUUGAGGCUUAUUAAAUGAUCUUACAGUUUGAGAAAAUAUGUUAUUAGUGACAAUGCUAGCUUUGUAUGGGAAAAGAUAUUGAUGUAUACCUGCAAAUUUAAUGCUGUGUUGAAAUGUGUAUAGACAGACAACAUUGUUCAAACCUAAUCUAUGACAAUUCUCCACAUCCAACAUGCCAAAGCUUACAAGAGCUAUCCAGUGAUUUAAAAAACCCAAUAUUGCCUUAUGAUAAUACAAUUACUGUACAACUUAUUUUCAGUGCCCAUAGCAUGUAGUAGAGUAGGUAAAAAAUACAUCUAUAUGCAUUAACAUUUAUGGUAUCCUUUUACUUCCAUUUUUUAUAUUUUACAUAUCAAUAUGUUGUCAGUCAUGCAUACUAAGUGCCUGUUAAUGUUUUGGUGAUUUGUAUUUGUUAUAAAUAAAGCAAAUGUCUAUUGUAAACUUUAAAAAAAAUAUAUACACUGCUCAAAAAAAUAAAGGGAACACUAAAAUAACA